CAGGGCAGGAAUGAAAACAGAGGGGCCAGGACUGAUCCUGUUUCCUUGAGGCAGGGCUUGCUCAAGGUAUAAAAAGCUGUCUGUCCAUUGCCUUUGCACCAGAUUCAGCCACCAGGCAUCCCCGUUCUCUCCUGCCAGCCAGGUCCAGCCUCCUCUGAAGUAUGAGCUCCCACCAGCAGAAGCAGCCCUGCACUGCACCCCCCCAGCCCCAGCAGCAGCAGGUGAAGCAGCCCUGCCAGCCUCCACCCCAGGAACCCUGUGCCCCCAAAACCAAGGAGCCAUGCCAUACUAAGGUGCCUGAGCCCUGCCAUCCCAAGAUGCCUGAGCCCUGCCAUCCCAAGAUGCCUGAGCCCUGCCAUCCCAAGAUGCCUGAGCCCUGCCACCCCAAGGUGCCUGAACCCUGCCCUUCAACAGUCACUCUGGCCCCAUCUCAGCAGAAGACCAAGCAGAAGUAACAUGCUCUACAGUCUCAUCCUGGAAGAGCCAACCACCUGAGUUCAAACUCUUCCCUCUUUGUCUGGCUGAGCUAAUCUUCUGGAUGCCUAUGGCUCCUCUGAAGAGGGAUUUGGGGGAGUGGGGAACAAGCUCAUUUUUCCUAAUCUGCCCUAAUAAACCACUUUGAACACCA